AUGAGCAUUGCCAUUAAUUGGCCUAUCGGACCCUUCACUCUCCCACCAGAGCUGUUGGCGCUCGAAGCUACUGAUGAGCACAUUUUCUCUCGCUACGAUGAUGGAUCGAGCGAGCGACGUAUCUUUUGCAAUGUGCCACUGCUUGAGAAUGAGUUGGACCAGCUGGAGGAGCUAACUGAGCACCUCUGCCGUCUAGGUAUCGCAUUGAGGAGGCGGAUGGAGUCCAAGAGGCUGAGAUACCUGCACGCUGCAGCUGGAAGUGUGAGGAAAGUGGCAAACAUGAUGAUGGAAACAGAAAGCUGGAGAAAGUCGUUCUUCAGCAAGCCGAUCGAUGACAGGGAGAUCUUCAAUGACCUCAAUUUGGCAAGUCCUUUUGGUUUUGUCUACAUUUCGGGACGAGACAAGCUCUUGCGACCGUGCCUUGUGGUACGAGUGACGGAGAUACUGAGACAUGCUGUGGACCAGAAUACUUCCCUACGAUGUGUGUGCUUCCUCAUGGAGUUCAUCAUACGGUAUAUGCUUCUCCCGGGGAAGUGUGAAAGUACCGUCACCCUCCUCGACUUGGGAAAUAUUGGCCUCAUGCAGUUCUUGCCGGCGGUGUCGCGGACGCGAGCCAUAUUCGGGGUCUUAGCUGAGCACUAUGUGGGACGGUCUGCUCUCACGUUUGUGACGAGUGCUCCGUCUGCUCUCGAGAAGUUGAUCAGCGGCCUAGUGCCCGAAGAAAAGCGACGGAAAAUCGUCUAUGUGAAGGACGUUGAUGACAUUGCUAGCUAUACCUUCGCUGGAGAGAGAGAACGCGAGUUGUUGGCCGCUUGUCAUAGGUGUUUGGGGCUUCCGACUAUACGUGGAAACCUCUGGGAGCGAGGGGCGCCACAUGCACCAUUACGAUACGCCGCUGAGGCUCCGCAAUACUUCAUCGCCCUAGGUCUGCCGCCACCUGAGAGCACGAUGUUCACGAGUGAAGAUCAAGCGGUUGAGGAACGGCCCGGAACCCCUGGGGGUGUUUGCAGAAUUCUGCUAGGGGUUGCCAAUCUACCGAGCCCUGUACCGGAAGGCACUCUGCAAGAUAUGAUGGCGGAUGACUACGACUUAGGAGUAGUGGAAGGUGCGGUUCGUGCCCGAUUGGAACCUGCUCAUUUUGUCUUGUCUAGAUCACCCUUUGGGAAGGAGAAGCGUUCACGGAUAGCGAGCACAGGCUCUGAGGGGACACAAGCCACGAAGAUCUGCUCGAAUACUGGGACCUCGGUUGACGCCCGAAAGACCAGUGAUAACCACAUAGCCGUUCGCUGCCUCCCAGAGAAUCCCGCUCGGACUACCGUGUCCAACGUCGAGCUCCGACACCGCAGUCAGACGAGGCCAGCCACUCAAUUGUUUUUGAUGAGUCGAAAACUCUUGAUUGCACUUCCUCCCGCCGUGCGCAUCAGCCAUCGCGGAAUUGCUCAUGCUGUUGAGCGAUUGGCUUUACUGGAAAAGGGCGUAUCAGAAGCUGACGAUGGCCACGUGUUACUCAGCAGAACACGAGAUCUGAUGAGGCUUUUGAAACGAGAUAGUCAGCACCUUCAAAUCCUUGAGCUCGAGGGCGACAAACGGACGAGGAAGGUGAUCACAUCAGCCAUAACCGAGCUGGACUUCACCAAAUCUACGUUCAAGGACAUCGCCCGAUUAGCUGUGGUCCUGGGUGCAUGUACAACGCGGAAUUUCAUAUCAGAGAGCCUCAUUGAGCACUUGUCGGAGGCGUUAUCGGCCUACUACCCCAAGCAGGAUCUUACUGCUGAGUUGGUGAUACUGGCGAGCAGCGCUCUGGUCAGCCUGUGCCGUGCCCUUCCUCGGGAAGCAUCUGUGAGAGGCCGAGGCAAGUUACUGGACAAGCUACUCGCGCAUCAGGGUGAUUGGAACUCGAUCGCAGUAUGUGACGUUCUAUAUAGUGCCUACGUACUUGGGAGGCCCCUACAGAACGUGGCCCUUAUAGAGAAGAUGCUCGACACCUUCGACCCGGCACAGGUCAACUCGUCUGACCGUCUGUGCCGGCUUCUGGCUGCUAUACCCGCGACUGAGUUACCUUUCGUCGCACAGUGCUCGUUACCGUAUAUAAACAUCAGUCACCUGUCGAGGAGCAAUGCAUUGAAGGUUGCCCACGGUCUAUCAGCGCAUACGAGCGCCUUCAUUGAGACCCUAAAGGACGUGUGCGGCCGACUCGUUGACCUUGCCAAUACCAUGAACCAUCGCCACGCUUGGGAGUGCAUGGCUCUGUGUAAACGUGUCCAACAUGAUGCCCUGCUGGAAGCAGCUUGUCGAGUAUUGCUAGCCGGAAAGAAGACAUUCAAAGCAGCCGAGAGAGACUUGUGUGAUGAGGUUUACAACGAGCUCAAGAGGAGGCUCGGUGAAGUCCCUGCAGUCCUCGAAGACUUACAUGAGAGGGUUCAUGAUGUUGCUGGCGUAGAUGCUAAGAUUGAUUCGAAACAGACCCAGUCAGGCCGUCAAUUCAACAGUCAGCCUAUAGAGGAUGAUGAUGAUAAUGAGACUUCCCUGUUUCAUGAUCGUGAACUGAAGUGCCUACGUGCAUCGGCCAGGCGGAAUGAAGUUGCCGGAGGGGACGUCUCAUCGGGAGAGACAGGCAAUAUCUAUGAGAGGUACGUAGCAUGCAUGAUGCCGGAUACUCACGCCUCAAAACUAAUCCGCUGA